UUCCUGUCGUCCGUCAUUCAAAACAGACCGUCGCCAAACAAGAACGAUCUGCUGACAAAGUUUCAUGCGUAUUAUUUCCCCUGCUAAAAAAAAGGAACAUGAGCAAUUGAUCACGGGACCAUCAUCACUUAAUGUUUUGAAAUGACAAUGGCCAUUGAGAUCAUGAUGAUGAUGCGUUUUCGUCCCAAUAUUUUUUCGUUUUGAAGAUGUGGUCGCUAGGUACUGUUCGAAGGCUGGCAAGGAGAGAUGCGGUCAGGUUGUGUUCUUGUAACUCGUCCAACCCCUCAAAGUCAAGCGCACAUUUUCGUCUCCGAGUUGAAAAACAAAAACGGAAAAAAGAGAGGGACAACGCCAUAGUAUCCACUCAAAAGCUUACUGAUGAAGAAGACCUUCUCCAAUGGAGCGAGAAGGAGAGGAUUCUCUACACUGCUCAGACGCCACCUGGGGCAAAGAAAGACACAAGCUUGCCAUUGCCGUCGUCAUACAGCCCAGACUAUGUGGAAUCCAGCUGGUAUCAGUGGUGGGAGAAGGAGGGAUUCUUUCGCCCUGAGCACCAUGAUGUUCAUGAGUUAUCUCACGCUGUGGAUCAGAACUUCUCUCUGUGUAUACCGCCACCAAAUGUCACAGGGACUCUGCAUCUGGGUCAUGCUUUGACCGUAGCAAUAGAAGAUGCUUUGGUUCGAUGGAGAAGGAUGCAGGGCCACCGAGUACUCUGGGUCCCUGGCUGUGAUCAUGCCGGUAUAGCAACACAGAGCGUGGUGGAAAGGAUGCUGCUCCGGGAAAAAGGCAAGCGCAGGCAAGACUUCACUCGAGAAGAGUUUUUACAGGAGGUCUGGAAAUGGAAAAACGAGAAAGGAGAUGAGAUAUAUCAGCAGCUGAGGAAACUGGGUGCGUCCUUGGACUGGAGUAGAGCCUGUUUCACCAUGGAUCAAGGUUUCAGUCAGGCAGUGACGGAGGCUUUUGUGCGUCUAAGUGAUGCCGGUCUGAUCUAUCGCUCAGAGGCUCUGAUCAAUUGGAGCUGUGCUCUGGAGUCGGCCAUCUCCGAUAUAGAGGUGGAUUCAAAGGAACUCUUUGGGAAAACCAUGCUGUCGGUGCCUAAUUAUGAGCACAAAGUGGAAUUUGGAACCAUGCUCACCUUUGCGUACCCCCUCGAUGGCCGCGGUGGAGAAAUCCUGGUGUCAACAACUCGUCCCGAGACCAUGCUGGGAGAUGUGGCCGUAGCUGUUCAUCCUGACGAUCCUCGAUACCAGAAAUUCCACGGAAUGCAAUGCCGCCACCCCUUCAACGACCGACUGCUGCCCAUUGUCACCGAUACCAUUGUGGACAUGGAGCUCGGGACAGGUGCGGUAAAGGUGACUCCUGCUCAUGACCACACAGACUUCCUGUUGUCCCAGAGACACGCUCUGCCCCGCCUAACGGUGAUUGGAGGAGAUGGCAAGAUGACUCCACUCUGUGGACAAUGGCUGGAGGGAGUGAAGCGUUUUGAUGCCAGAGAGCUGGUCGUAAAGGCUCUGGUGGAGAAAGAGCUGUUCAGAGGGAAGAAGGAGCACGCCAUGACCUUACCCAUUUGCAGCCGCUCGGGCGAUGUGAUCGAGCCUCUCCUGAAGAAACAAUGGUUCAUCCGCUGUCACGCAAUGGCUCAAAAAGCGAUCCAGGCUGUUGAGGAUGGACAGUUGGAAAUCAUCCCUGACUUUUACAAGAAAACGUGGAAGAACUGGCUGUCCAACAUCAACGAUUGGUGCCUUUCCAGGCAGCUGUGGUGGGGACAUCAGAUCCCCGCGUACAGGGUGGACUUUCCUUCUUCUACUGACAAACAAGAGGACCAAUGGGUCUGGGGAAAGAAUGAGGAUGAGGCCCGUCAGAGAGCAAGCCUCAAAUAUGGAGUGAAAGCACAGGACAUCACUUUGACUCCAGACUCUGAUGUUCUGGAUACCUGGUUCUCCUCUGCGCUCUUUCCUUUCGCCAUGUUGGGCUGGCCUCAACAGGUAACCACAGAUUUGCAACGCUUCUACCCAAACUCUAUGCUGGAGACGGGGAGUGACCUGAUCUUCUUUUGGGUGGCGAGGAUGGUCAUGCUGGCCACGGAGCUGACGGGCCACUUGCCUUUUAAACAAGUGCUACUUCAUUCUUUGGUGAGGGAUAAACACGGUCGCAAAAUGAGUAAAUCCUUGGGCAACGUCAUCGACCCCUUGGAUGUUAUUCACGGAGUCUCCUUGGAGAGGCUUCAGCAGAAAGUGAAAGAGGGGAACCUUGAGCCCAGGGAGCAAGCGGUGGCCUUGGAAGCUCAGAGGAAAGACUUCCCAAAGGGGAUCCCUCAGUGUGGAACUGAUGCUUUGAGAUUUGCCCUUUGCGCUCACAAAAUGAUGGGAGAAGACAUCAGUCUAUCAAUAGCGCAAGUCCUGAGCUGCAGACAUUUCUGUAAUAAAAUGUGGCAGACGCUGAAAUUCACUCUGGGAGCGCUGGGUGACAACACUCGGCCGGUGGGGAACCUGGAGCAGGUGUCGGACUUGGGCAGUAUGGAGCGGUGGAUCUGCUCCCGACUAUACAGCACUGUGGCACGAGUGGAGCAGGCCUUUGAAGAAUAUGAGCUUCAUACGGUCACUGCUGCUUUGUACUCCUUCUGGGUCCACGAUCUGUGUGACAUCUAUUUGGAGAGUGUGAAACCUGUACUUCUAAAGCAAAAGGAAGGGAGCGGUGGCGGCGGCGGCGGCGGCGGCGGCAAGGCGAGACCAGCGGCAAGCGUGGUCCUCUAUCACUGCGUGUCUGCGUCUCUGGCCCUCCUCUCCCCAAUCAUGCCGUUCCUUAGCGAGGAAUUGUGGCAGAGACUCCAGCCGUUCCGAAGCCGAGCUGCAGCUCAGAGCGCCAGCCUGUGUCUUCAGCCGUACCCCCGCUCGUCUCAACUGAAACACUGGCAUUUCCCAGAAGAGGAACGGGAUUUCCUGCUGGUCCAGGAAGUGAUCCGCGUGGCUCGCUUCCUUAGGGCUCAGGGUGCUUUGACCAAAGAAAAGCCUCCCAUGUGGGUGGUCUGUUCGCCCAGUCAGGCCCAGAUUCUCCUUCACUUUGGACCUGCCGUUUGGACUUUGAGCCGAGUGUCGCGCUUCAAUGUCUAUUGUCCCCAAGAAGCCGCCGUCUCUUGCGCUCCCCCGCCCGAAGGCUGCCUCGUAGGUGUUGUGGACCACACGUGCCGGCUGCACCUUCCUCUGCAGAGCGCCGUGAACACGAGCAAACAAGUGGCCCGGCUCACCCGACAAAGAAGCAAACUUGUCCCGAAGCUGGAUGAGCUCUUGUGCAAAAUCCAAUCUCCAGAAUACCUUCACAAGGUCCCAGCGCACAUCAGGGAGCAGAUGGAGAGGAGGCUGUCAGCAUUUCAGCAGGAGUUGAAGACCAUUGAGGAUCAGCUCGAGGUGCUGCAAAUGACAGAAUGUCCCACCAGCACCUCUUCCAAUGAUGGUGAUCAGUGUCAUACACAAAGGUCUUGAGGGCAAAUGUCUUUGGGUUUCUUUCCAAAAUGUCUUUUUGUUUUCAUCCUUCAUCUUUCAAUGACACAGCACAGUGUUGCAUCAUGAGCAACCUGGCCCUCCCUGUUCGAACAACAAACUAGAAAUACAUUUUCAGACUGCCUAAA